AACUCCAAUUUAUUUUACAUUAUUUUAAACUUUUUUUUCUUGACAUAAGAAAGGUUUCCAACUGAUUAAAUGCGGUCUGGUUGGACGUCAUAUUUUUAGUAAUUUUUCAGUUUGACAUCAAGCUGCUGCAGUGAAAGACGAGUCCAGUUUUACAGCAGAAGCUCCUGUAAAACUAACUGUGCAGAAAUGUUUCUCUUAUCUUUUAUUUCAAUACGACAAUGAAUGCUUAAAAAAUGUAAUCUAAGUGCACCCACUAAUAAUAGUUACUGAUAACGGUGAGCAUCAUUUCUGGUUAAAAAUCCAGAUUGCUUCUGCUACAGUUCUAGACAGAUUUUGCUUUUGUUCCAUUUGCUUAUUGAUUUAAAGGAGGUGAAGUCAUGUCUUCCCAAUUGAGGUAAUGCAUCUAAAUCAAACCUUAACACAUAUAUCCAAGUAUGUAAAGUGCAUUUCUCAGCUUUCAUCCUUACUUUGUUUUUUUUAUUCAAUAGACAUCUUAGAUGUCAAACAAAGAUCUACGCUGCUUUGCAACCAGUAAGAGUGCUGCAGCCCGGAGGAACUGGGAAUAACGUUUUAAAUGAUCCCUGAUCGAGUUAAGAGGGAUCGUUUUCAUGUAACACUUUUGUAAUGAUAAUAUCGAAAGCUUAAGUAAUAAAGGAAUGAGUGAAAUCUGCCUCUUGUCAGCAUUUACAAUGAGAACCACUUGGGCGAUUGGAUGUCUAGCGAUCAAUGUAUCCUCUUCUCUUAUCAUUAAGACUGCUCUUAACAGAUUACAGCCCCCCUCCCAAAGAUGAAGUCUUUUUCUCCUCCCCUCUCUCUCUGCUCCUCCUUCUGAAACACACACACAGCCUUUUCGCUAGAUACAACAGGAGACUUGUCCCUCUUGCCCCGUUUUGUAAAAUAAAUCACUCUUUGUCUUUUAAUUUCAACUUUUCAGAACUUUUUUUUCACACUUCUGUGGAAUUUAGAUGGACUUUCUGGAUUUGUUCGAACCGAUUUGACGACCUGACAGAUGAACAGAAAUGAAAAGGACGAAACUUCAGUUGAAGUUCUGGUAGAAAAUUGAAAAUAGUAAAUGAAGAUGGUGAUAAGUGCCUUUUUUCUUCUGCUCUUUUGUGUUCAUCCGUCUGCAGCAGCAAGCGUCAUUACAGCAGACAUAUUUGAAGCGAGAGGCCAAAGAGUGUGCAAGACAGGAAAAGGGAAACCUUGUUACAAGCUGGCCUAUUUCUCAGAGCUGCGCUGGAAGUUGAACUUUGAGGAGGCAGAGAGAGCUUGCAAACGCGACGGAGGCCAGCUGCUGAGCAUUGAGUCUGCGUCCGAGCAGAAGGUCGUAGAACAGCUCAUCAGAGAUCUCCGUCCCACGGACGGAGACUUCUGGAUAGGUCUCCGGCGUGGACCGGGACACGAGGACAGCAGCUCGGACUGCUCGUCUCAGUACUACUGGCUGGACGGGAGCAAAUCCUCGUUCAGGAACUGGCACAUUGAUGAGCCGUCGUGCGGCUAUGAAGUGUGUGUGGUGAUGUAUCACCAGCCGUCCGCUCCGGCCGGACACGGUGGACUCUACAUGUUCCAGUGGAACGAUGACAACUGCGAAACCAAGAACAAUUUUAUCUGCAAAUACACAGGAGAAAGGCCACCGUCAUCCACUCUGUCUCCCAACUCCAGUCAGAAAGAUGCCUCCCUUCCAUCUGCACUCCCAUUGGAUCCGAGUGACAACAACCAGCAAAGAACAGCCGUGAAUUUAGUUUACGUCAUCAUCCCCACAAUCCCACUAAUCCUGCUGCUUCUGACAGUGAUGGGAGUUUGCUGCUUCAAAAUGCUGCUCAGACGAAGGAGGAACGUACAGAAAUCAGAAGUAUGCCAAACAGAUCCCAGUCCAACCACUACAGACGUCUACAACGUCAUCCGCUCCCAGAAGGACGAUGACCUGGUUUCUGCUCGCCCGCAAACAAAGAACACCUCCUUUUUGUGCUCCUCUCCGGACACGCCGACGGGCGACUACGACAACGUUGGUGGACGGGACACCGAAAGCGGCUUCGUAACCCUUGCUAGCACAGAGAGCGACUUUCUGAACUUUGACCUCAACGACCUCAGCCUGGGGCGUCAGCGCACCCGUGACUUUUAUGACAGCAGCUUGGGACGCUCGGCUAAGAGGGUUCUGGCCGACGGCAGUCUGGGUCGCACCAAAAACAGGGAGUAUUACGACAGGAGCCUGGGCCGCCGCACCACGAAGAGCGAGCAUUACAGCGGCACUGUGUAUGGAGACCACGGCCUAUUUGACAGCAGCAUCAGAGCAGGCACUGACUUGUAUGAUGCCAGACUCAAAGCUGGUGGUCAAGCGGGAAAGGUUGACCUCUACCAGACAUACGUUACCAGCGGUAGGCACGAGGCGUUUCAAACCAGUCUGGGAACGUACGCAAACCGGAAGUCCUUCCACACAAACCUGGACUGCUACAGAAACGGCCUGAAUCUUGACAGUGGAGGGAGGUACUUCAAUGAGCAGGAAUGGAUAAAAAGAGAGAGAUACUGAUUUUUCACUCGAGUCUGCUCACACCACUAGUCGGUUCAAACGUGGAUCCUGCUCUGAAUUCAGACGAAGUGGCUCCAGCCUCGCCAUACAUAACAGCAUGAAAUUGA